AUGAGUACUGGGAUCGAGAUUGUCGGCACAGUUGCCGCGCUGUACCAGCUCAUCAAUGCUUCAGCUGGGCUCAUAUCUGAGAUUAAGGCUGUUUAUAAUGGGGAACCCACCGCUGAUAACCAUUUGGAAGAGCAUGUCAAAAACCUGAAACAAGCUUGUGCCUUGGCAAAAGCUCGCUAUCAGACAGGGGACUCAUUUGAAAAGCUGUCUGAUGGCGAAAGACGGGUUCGCAAGACUGCAGACAAAUGUCAGGCUUCUGCCCAAGUACUGUUAGACGAGUUGCGCUACGUGAGGAAAGAGCAGAAAAGCAACGACUGCAUGGCAGCCGUCGCUUAUGUGGUUAAGUCAAAGGUGCACCGCAAGAAGAUCGAACGGAUGGAUGCUAGAUUUAAGAACAACCAGCAGGAGUUGCAGACAAUUUUGCAAUCUGAGAUUCUUUCACAAAAUAUGGCUAUGCAGGAUCUCCAGAUAGAGGGAUUCGAGAAUCUGGAGGACGACAUACAGAUUCUGGUCACCCAGAUGUCUCAAGGCUUUUUCGACCUGGAAAGAUUUAUCAAAGCUCAGCAUGAGGCAACAAACAAACUCAUCGAAACCCGGCUUAAUGCAACAGACAAUCUCAUCGUUCAGGGAGGUGCCCAAGUACAACAAGUAAUCAAAGACUUAACUACUGAAUCUCAACGCAAAGAAUUUCUCGAGAGCUUCAGAUAUCCUGAGAUAAACAAGCGGUUAAACGACGUGUUGGAUUCCAGUGAGGCUUGCUUCGAUCGAGUCUUCGCAUCUUAUGAAAGUAUUACAAGGAGCGACAAUACAUCAAUGCUGUCAGAAGGUGAUAGCGGCCAUUUCAGUUCUGAAGUUAGCGAAGGUAGCCGAAGAGACAGCGACCUAUCCGAUAUCGAGGCUGACGAGUUAAGAAGUAUCGGCCGAUCCUGGUCGAACUUCAUUGAAUGGCUGCGAUCAAGCGAUUCGUUAUUUUGUGUCCGUGGAAAGCCUGGGUCGGGUAAAAGUACCUUGAUGAAAUUUGUGAUCGAUAACAAAAACACUCGACGACUCCUGGAGCACCAAGGUUCUGAAGUCAUCAUUAUGACUCAUUUCUUUUGGAAGAUUGGAAGCGAAGUACAAAAUAGCAUCAAAGGCUUGUUAUACUCGUUAGUUUACCAGCUGUUGCUCCGCGCUGAGAACCUACAGGAACUCGCCAUGAGCCGCCAUGACAGUGGUCCAUAUAGGAGUCAUCAUGAUUGGUCUUCUAGAGCUCUCAAGGGCUUUCUUCAGCAGCUUCUGGAAACCGAAAGUCGUACUCUUUGCGUCUUUAUAGAUGGUCUAGAUGAAGUCUCGAAUGCCGAUGGUCUCCAUAGACUUACACAGGAGAUUGAAGAAAUCUUGAAGUUUCCUGGAAUCAAGAUUUGUGUUUCUAGUCGGCCGGAAGCAUUGAUCAUAAAAUGGCUUGAGAAGCUAAACUGCCCCAGCAUUCUUCUCGAGGAUCUCACCAGACCUGAGAUGAAAAACUAUGUCCACAGAGACCUAGAUCCCUUCCUUUCGUCUGGGCAACUCUCCUUUGAAACGCAUCCGUACUUAUCUGAUGAAAUGGUGCGAAAGUCACAGGGAGUGUUUCUAUGGCUGUCCUUGGUUUUGAAAAGUCUCAUAGGCGGUAUACACAAUGGAGACUCUGAGCAGAUACUGAUAGAGCGAUUGGCAGAGUUGCCUAGCGAGAUGCACGAUCUUUAUGCUGACAUUUGGGACCGCUUAUGUCAAAAUAGCCAGGUGUACCGAAGAGACGCAGUUCGGUUCUUUCAGUAUGCUCUUGCAGAACGGCGGCAAACAGUAUACUUUCGCCCUGGGGUUGCCAAUGAGCUCCAAAGCUUUUUCUUCUGGCAACCUGUCUUGGGACAGAUCGCAUUGGCAGGGAUGCCUGAUGCCCAUGAUACCUUUCUGAAGUGUAAGGGAAGCAUAGAUUUCAUGAAAUUGCAGCAGAUUUGCGAUUCAACGAAAACUCAGAUUGAAAUCAAGUGCGGUGGCCUACUACAGAUUCGGAAGUCGGAGAUACCUAAAGGCUAUAACACGUUCCUUACACAUCAUAUUGAUUUCAUUCAUCGUACGGCUCACGACUUCUUUACCGAGACAGAGGCCGGGAAAUGGAUCAUCGAGAAGAAUUCAACUUUGCAACCCUCAGAGGUCGCGGUCUGCGCCGCCAAAGGCAUGCUAUGUCUUCACCGCAUCAUGAGUUACCAACACAGUUUGGUCGCCCAUGGGGACCAAAUUAUCGGCCAAAUUGGUCACUUGGUCAAAUAUCGAAAGAUCCUUGACCUCCCUCGAGCAAUUGAAAUGCUUCAUGUCAUGCAAGACUUUUACGUGAAAAACGUGAUUUCAGACAUAAAUUGGAACAGAGAGACUUGGGAACCAAAGCGCCACUUCCUGACAUGUUUAACUCGAUCAACCGCUUUCCACGAUUUCAUCCUAUCCGAGAUUGGUAGGGCAUCAUCAGUCAAACUAGCUACUCGGAUUCUACAGGAAUUGUCUUGCCAAAAGGAAGAUUGCACGCUGAAGCGUGUCAGACUUGUCGGUCCUCUCAUAUCACUGGGUGCUGAUGCACAUGCUUGCGCAAUAUACCUACGCCCGGUACUGGACCGAAAGAGCUAUCAAGAACCGUUGGCCAGAAGAGGCACUGCAUUCACGAACAUUCUGAAACUGUGCAUAAUGGCCACCUUCAAUCAGUUGAAUGACGAUAUUGUGCUCGCCACGCUAGUAUCAGAGGCGAUCGUAUCCAUGGCAGCGACGUGCCAGAACCUAAAUGAUGCGACAUUGCUGAUUUUCCAAGUUUGGGAGACCGGCAGAAUAACGUUGGAAGAUCUUAUAUACAUUUCCCAAGAAACAUAUUCUGGGACAAAAUGUGUCGUUGUCUUCGUAGAAGCCACGCUGAGCUUUCUCCUUGCGCACAUGUUUUCUAAACUGAAGCCCUUCCUAAAACAAAUCACCACUCUCAAAGAUCUCUCUCAGAGCCCUGACCCAAAAGUCCGAUUCAUAUUUACGCAAGAUGGACAGCUGGAUGAAUGGACAUGCAAGCGGAUCUCGUCUCAGAAACGCUGUAAGGAACUGGUGGACUUCCUGUUUGUGCAAGGUGGUUCUCAGUCGCUGGCCAGUGCAUUCAUGGAAAAGAGUGCAAAGGAGACUAGGGAACCCUUUCAUCACGUAACAUCUCUGACAAAGGAUUUGGAUUGGAUCCCAUAUGAUAUUGAGUCGGCAAUGCUGUCUCUUUCAGCCGAAAAGCUGGACUUUUGCACUUUCCAAGAAGCGGGUAUCAUGCCCUCACCAAGCAGGGUACAGGAAUGGCAAAAGACGAGAUCUUGCGUGUAUCCCAAUAUCAUCCGCGAUCUGAGCGCCUUGGUAAAGGAAUAA